AUGGACCUCUCCGCGAUGACGGCGUCGUCGUCCUCGCCGACGACGUCCGCCAUCGCGCUCGGCGCCGCGCGUCGCGGCGUCGCGCGCGCGCGCGCGCGCCUCCCGGUCGCGCCGCGCGCGGCGGCCGUCGCGCCGUCGCCGUCGUCGUCGUCGACGAGAUGGUCGCUCCGCCUCGCCCCGGAACACCGCGCGGGCGUCGCGUCCGCGCGCCUCUCCGCGACGACGUCGAAGACGAUGACGACGACGAAAACGACGACGACGAAGACGACGCCCGCUCGCGUCGUCGUCGUCGCGCGCGCGGACGCCGCGGCGUCCUCCGACGCGCCGACGUCCUCCCUCGCGGACGACGACGCCGCGAUCGACUGGACCGCCCUCGGACGCUAUUUCGCCGCCACCGCCGCGCAGUGCGCCCUUCUCGUGUGGUUCACGCUCUGGCUCAACGGCGGCCUGAACAACAGCGGCCUACCGAUGAAGUAUCAGAACGUCAUCGUGUUCGUGUGGUUCGCGUUCAACGCGCUCAAGUCGCGGACGUUCUCGCCGCUGAACGCGUCGCGCCCGAAGCUCGCCGACGAGAGAGCGGCGAAGGUGGAGGCGCGUCGCACUGGUCCCCAUACGACCGCGUUCGCGUUGUGCACGCCGAUCCUUAAGGACUUUGCCUUGCGUCGAAAGCGUCCGUCGUGGAUGCCGCCGGGGAUCGCGUUCCCGAUCAUCUGGACCUCCAUCGCGGUCCUCCGCGCCGCGUCUAGCGUCGUCGUCUUCAACGCGCUCGGCGGGACGCUGAACCACCCCGCGAUCUUCGCGAUGUUUCUCCACCUAUCCGUGGGCGACACGUGGAACAACAUCAACAACGUGGAGAAGCGGCUCGGCACCGCCGUGCUCGGCGUCGGGUGCGUUUUGCUCUCCGUGUACAACCUCGUGUUUCAGUACUUCAGUGUGAGCGCCAAGGCGGGGUACCUGAUCGCGCCGAGCGCGGUGUGGAUCACGAUCGCGACCGUGCUCGUGUACACGAUAUGGAGGAUCAACCCGGGGGAGGACGGCGCGUUGGAGCCGUUGUUGCCGCGGAGGCGGAGUGCGAAAAAUAUCGCCGCAGCGGACGCCGCCGCGUGA